GUACAACAUUUUUUACCAUAUUACUGUCAACUUAUUAUUUUAUGAUAGAACAUUUCUAUAAAAUGAACGCAAAACUAAUUAUUUUUAUAUUUUUAGUUUUCUGUUUUACACCAAAACUUUUUGAAGCUAGACACAAUGCAGCAGCAGCAAAAUCAGUAGCAGAAUUUGCAGCAGCAUUUGCAUCAGCAGCAGCUGAAUUGGCAAGAAAUGAAAGAAUGAUUAGAAGUACUGGCAGAGAAGAUGCGGAAGAUAUUGUUCUUUGUUUGAAAUAUUAUGUACAUGAAUUUACGUACAUAUCUUACGCAGACAUAGCUAGAAUUUUAUUGGAUUAUGGAGAGUCCAAAAAUAAGGAACAAGUGAAAAUGUUUUUUCGAACUGUCCUCGAAAGUGAAUUGAGUGAUGAACUUAUUAAAGCUAUUAAUGAUUUUGAACGUAAAUAAUAAAAAAUUCAUUAGAAAAACCUAAUUAAUUAUAUUUUAAAAAUUAUAUAACCAAUUACGCUCACUUAUGCACUAUAAGAAUUGAAUUAACUACAAUUG